CCAAAAUCUCUCCUCUCUCUCUCUCUCUCUCUCUCUCUAUCUGUAGCCCCGUCUCUGAAUCUUAAAGAAACACUGAAGUCGAUAUCUGAAAAGCUUCAAAAAUGGCACCGACGCCAUCUUCUGCUCGAUCGAAUCAAACCCAUCUAACCCUAAUCAGAACCCCACAGACCAAACACCGACUCAAUUUUCACUCCACCGCCGCAAGAACCGCAAAUCUCGAUGGCGGAGGCAACCACGCGCCGCCGGAGCACCCAGUUGAAGUCAUCGGCCGAAUUCGAGAUUACCCAGAUCGGAAGGAGAAGCCGGCGUCGAUCUUGCAGGCGAACCCGGAUAAUCAGACGAUCCGUGUCCGGGCCGAAAUGGGAUACCGAGAUUUCACCCUCGACGGGGUCUCGCUGUCGGAAAACGAGGACCUUGAGGCGUUCUAUAGGAAAUUCAUAGAGGAGAGGAUAAAGGGUGUGAAACUCGGGAACAAAUGCACGGUAAUGAUGUACGGACCGACCGGUUCAGGCAAGAGUCACACGAUGUUCGGAUGUGGGAAGCAACCAGGGAUUGUCUACAGGUCCUUGAAAGACAUUUUGGGGGAUGCGGAACAAGAUGGUGAAAGAGAAGGGGUUACAUUUGUUCAGGUCACUGUGUUGGAGAUAUAUAACGAGGAAAUCUACGAUCUUCUAUCCUGUAACAAUGGCAGCGGAUUUAUGGGAUGGCCUAAGGGAGGCAACGGGUCUAAGGUCAAGCUCGAAGUAAUGGGUAAAAAGGCCAAAAACGCAACCUUCAUUUCAGGGACUGAAGCUGGAAAAAUCUCGAAAGAAAUCCAGAAAGUAGAGAAACGGAGAAUCAUCAAAAGCACACUUUGCAAUGAUAGAAGUUCCAGGAGUCACUGCAUGAUUAUACUCGAUGUUCCUACGGUUGGAGGGAGAUUGAUGCUCGUUGAUAUGGCCGGUUCUGAAAAUAUAGACCAAGCUGGGCAGACAGGGUUUGAAGCAAAGAUGCAAACUGCUAAGAUCAACCAGGGGAAUAUCGCGCUGAAGAGGGUCGUGGAAUCCAUAGCAAAUGGAGAUUCACAUGUGCCCUUUAGAGACAGCAAGUUGACCAUGUUGCUCCAAGAUUCUUUCGAAGAUGACAAGUCGAAGAUUCUAAUGAUACUCUGUGCAAGCCCGGACCCGAAAGAAAUAUACAAGACUGUUUGCACGCUCGAGUACGGUGCCAAAGCAAAGUGCAUAGUUCGGGGGCCUCACACUCCGAAUAAGGAUAAGAACGGUGGUGAUGAGUCUUCUUCUACAGUUAUAUUAGGUUCAAGGAUAGCUGCCAUGGAUGAAUUCAUUCACAAGCUCCAAGUUGAGAAGAACCAGAAAGAAAAAGAGAGAGUCAAUGCACAAAAUCAGCUCAAGAAGAAAGAAGGAGAAGUUGCUGCCUUGCGAGAGCUUCUACAACAGAAGGAAGCAUCUGCUGCUAGUGAAGAGGAGAUAAACAAUCUGUUUGAUGCUUUACUCUACAAUCAAGAGGAUUAAAGAAUUGAUUCAGGAGACGAAUGCCGAAGAAUGGCAGAGGAGUUUGUUGAGAUGGAGAGACGGAGAAUGGAGGAGAGGAUUCUGCAGCAGCAAGAAGAAGUGGAGAUGAUGAGGAGACGGUUAGAGGAAAUCGAGUUGGAGUUUCGAAAUUCGAGGGAGGGAAACGGUGAUGAAACUAGCGGGUUUGCUAAAAGGCUCAUGAGUCUUUACUCUGACGAAGAUCCGGGUAUGGUGAAAUCAAUGGACCUUGACAUGGGUGAUCAAGAACCGUUGAUCCGGGAUGUCAAGCAAGUCGGUUUAAUCAACUUUUCUCAGCAAAAGCCUUCAAAUGAGGUGAGUGAGAUGUUUGCACAGAAGUACCCUGACCGUGUAUGCCUUAGCACCGUCUUCGAGGAGGAAGAGGCUGAAGAAGAAGAAGAUGAGGAGAAAGUGAUAGUUGAGGAUAAUGGCAUCUGCUCAAUAACUUCUGGUAAAGAAAACUGCUUCAACAUGACAGAAGACAAAGAUCUUGCCUCAUCUAGAAAGAAGAGAAUUCAGAACAUAUUCACCCUUUGCGGCAACCAAAGAGAGCUGUGUCACCAUACCGGACAGCAUGAAGCAUCCGAUAAGGAAUCACCCGAAAAACCAGAUGCUCAACUGUCAACCAUAACCAAAAAGGCCGAAGCUUUUGCAGAAGAAUCAAAGGAAAACUACGAUUUUCCAGAUGAAAGCGAAAACGAUGAGCAGAUAGAAGUAAACGUGAGAUGGGAAGAGCCUAAAGAGAAUCCCGGAAAGCUCAUCACAACGCUGAGAGUAACAAAGGAUGCAACACUAAAUGAUCUGAGGAAGCUCAUUGAAAUCUACCUCGGUUCAGACAACCAAGCCUUCACCUUUGUUGUCCCUGAGGAACCUUCCGGAUCUAUAGUCGCGAAAGAGAAAGAAUCGACGGUCAAAGCCACAAAGCUGCCAAGCUGCAAUGGCCGCCGCCACUCUUACACUGCUACACUGAGACAGGUAAAGAGCCUCCAGAAUCAAACCUUCACUGUUCAGGCAAGCCCAGUUCCGUUUACUCCAAUAGGGAACAAAAUGCCACUUUCACCCAUCUCGAGAUUUUCGCCGAACCAAGGCGAUGAAUUGUCGCCAAACCUCGUGGCCCAUCUCAGUUCCACACCGUUUGUCACCCGCAGAAGGCAUUAGCCGGAGAGCUUGAAAGGGUGUAACACCUUUUGUCUAUAUUUCAGUGUCAGGGGCCACAGUUUCUGUAUUCUUUUUGAUGUCCAAAUGGUUCUGCUUCUGCUUCCUUCAAACCAUGGGAAUGGAAUCUUCCCGAACCGGUGUUGUUUGGUCUGUAAGAGAAAUUGUUUGUCUCUUUUGUGGCAUCUGACCACAAAGCCGAGAACUUUGUGUGAUUA